AUGGAUUUUUUAUUUGUUCAUUCGUUACAGCCGAUGGUGCUAUUGCUAUUUUUGCUACCGAUGCUAUCGCCUGUUGUUCUUAUUGUUGCUAUCAUAGAGGCUAUAGCCGCUAUGAAUUCUUUGAGUUCAUUGUGCUUGUUGUGCGGCUAUGACAGUUUCCGUUUGUUACGAUUACUGUCGCCAUCGAGCAAAGCAGCUCAACGACGUAUUGUUCUUUGCCCUCACUGA